AUGAUGUUCGAAUAUGAAGAAGAAGAAGACCCAAUGGAAUGCGGCGAACAACAACAACAACAACAGCCGAUUCUACAAUUUCAGCAUCAUUCAACGGAUGGAUCUGGCAGCCCACAAGACAAUCCAUUCCGUUUCUCGAAUAACGGUAAACGCGCAACCUCAAUGAUCGUGACGUCGUCGUCGGAAGACCUUGCUGGUUACCAUCAAAAGCAUCUUCUCGACUCGCCAACCGCUGUUCAGCGCUCUUUGGUGCUGAACGCGACGUCGACGCUUAACAUCGAUUGUGAACUAUCGGAUGAUGAUUUGAGCCCGGUGACUCAACGCAAGCUGUGCAUUUGUGCGAGUCUCAAUCCAAAAGAAACCCAAGAAGCUGGACUUCGACAAGCCAAAUCAUCACUGAAUGUUUCGUUCCCAUAUCAUACUCAUCAAAUCACCGAGGAUUACACCAUCUCGGCGGAGAUCAUCGGAAUCGGCGAGUCCGGAAAAGUCAUGGCGUGCUAUAAGAAGGCGACCGGCGAGAAGUUCGCGCUCAAAGUGCUCCGCGACGGGCCGAAAGCUCGCCGCGAGGUUGACCUUCAUUGGCUCACAUGCAAUCAUGAGAAUGUGGUGACGAUUCACGAUAUUUAUGAGAACACGUUCGACAAUGUCAAAUGCCUUCUGAUGGUCGUCGAGUUCCUCGAAGGCGGCGAUCUUUUGAGUCAAUUUGAAAGUCAGGGCAGCAAACCCUACACGGAAAAGAAAGUCGGCGAGAUCAUCCGACAAAUUGGAAGCGCUGUGAUGUACCUCCACGACAUGAAUAUCGCGCAUCGCGACAUCAAACUUGAGAACAUCUUGUGCAGCAGUACGGGUCCUGAUUGUGUUUAUAAGCUUGGCGAUUACGGGUUUGCGAAGCGUCCCGAACGCAACGUGCUUAUGGAGUCGCCAUGCUGCACGCCAUUCUACGCACCACCGGAGGUACUCGGACGUGAGCGCUAUGAUAAAUCUUGUGACAUGUGGUCGUUGGGAGUGGCUAUGUAUAUAUUGCUCUGCGGGUACCCGCCAUUCUACUCGAUGAAGGGUGCCGCGUUGUCUCCGGGUAUGCGAUCGCGUAUUGCCAAAGGUUACUACGCGUUUCCGCACGAGGAGUGGGACGUUGUUUCGCAAGAAACUAAAGAUGACAUUCGCUGCCUGUUGCGUACGAAUCCUAGCGAUCGGAUGACGAUCCAUGAGCUGAUGGCGACACCGCUCGUCACUGGACAAAGGCCGGAAACUCGCCGCAAAGUCACUCACGCUGUCGAUAUUCGCGGAACACAUAGCGACGAGGAUGAGGAGUUCCGAUUCGCGAGUGAUGAAGAUGUGGUGCCGGAAGAGCUUCCGGUGCCGAAAAGUGUUCGCUUCUUGCGCGAAGGUGUCAAAGCACCGAGAUUGCACAGUAUUCAGGAAGAAGUCGGUCGCGCUUUGGAGAUCAUGCGCAUGGGACACGACACCGUCUACGUCAAGGAUCCGGCAGCAUCGUGCAACAAUCUUUUUGCGCGCCGUCGCACUGCUCACCUCAGUAUUCCACGAGUUCAAUGCUAA